AUGGCAGCAGAGGAAACUAGAUUAUCAGAAGCAUUUCCAAUGAAAGCUGGAGCUGGCCCCAACAGUUAUGCCAAGAACUCCACAUACCAGAGAGGAGUUGCGGAUGCUGCCAAAGAACUUCUAACAAAGGCGAUUGCAGAAAACCUUGACACAGAGAUCUUGUUAUCUUCAAACACAUUUCACAUUGCAGAUUUGGGUUGCUCUGUCGGACCUAAUACAUUUUAUGCAGUAAAAAACAUCCUUGAAUCUGUACAGUCUAAGUAUCAAUCUAAGGGGCCAAAUUCCCAAAUCCCUGAAUUUCAAGUUUUCUUUAAUGAUCACACCACAAAUGACUUCAACAUUCUCUUCAAAUCACUCCCUCACAACAGGCAUUACCAUGCCGCAGGUGUUCCUGGUUCUUUCUAUGGUCGCAUAUUUCCUAAUGCAUCAGUUCACAUUGUUCACUCUUCCUAUACCAAUCAUUGGCUUUCUAGAGUACCAAAAGAUGUAACGGACAGCAACUCUCCUGCUUGGAAUAAAGGAAGAAUACAUUACUUAAAAUCCACAGAUGAAGUUGUGAGGGCCUAUGAAGAUCAAUUCGCCAGGGACAUGGAGUGCUUCCUGCAUGUCAGAUCACAAGAGAUUGUGAAUGGAGGACUAAUGGUGCUUACUAUUCCAGGCCGCCCUGAUGGUACACCUCACUCACAUGCUGCAGCAAACGUUACCUAUCAACUUUUAGGAACUUGCCUCAUUGAAAUGGCUAAGAAGGGAAUAGUUAGUGAAGACAAAGUAGAUGCAUUUAACAUUCCAAUAUACUAUAUGUCUCCCAAAGAACUGGAAGCUGCUGUAGAACAAAAUGGAUGUUUUAGCGUAGAGGGUAUGGAGAUCUUACCUUAUGUCUCAACACUUCACUCUGUCGCUAAAACUGCCCCACUCAUUGCAUUGCACGUCCGAGCUGCUACUGAAGGACUGUUUAAGCUGCAUUUUGGAGAUGCAAUCUUAGAUGAGCUAUUCGACUUGUAUUGCAAGAACCUUGUAGCACAACACUGCAUCUUUAAGUCAACGGAGGUAUUUAACUUUUUUGCUGUGCUUAAACGCAAGGCAAAUUGA